AGCUUCCUAUCCUGCAGAUACAGUAGCCCGGGCUCGGAGCACGCGGGGGAUUCCCGAGGAUUACCCGGCGUGCCCCGCGGGGAAAGAUGGCGGUAGAGAAGCGUAGGCGAGCGUGAACUUUACCUCAGAAAAAGUAGCGGCCGAGUGCCAGAUAACUGUCUGUAGAAGGGUCGCUGGAACCCGAAAAGAGCUUCUGGGUGGUUAAGCAGUGUACUGGGAACAUAAACCGAGAGCGUCCAGGCUAAGCGAGUGGGACUGACGCUAGCCAUAGCAGCCGCGGCGUCGGCCGAAGAAAAGGAAGGGAGAGAGGACCGGAUAAACUUUAUUGACUUGGACCGGGAGCCGAAACAGGAUUACAUACGUCCGUCGGCAGUGACGGGCUACGGAAAUGGAAGCUCUGCAGCUGUGAGGUUACGUGUCUGCUGGCAGCAGGGGUGCAAGAACAAGGCCUGAUUGAAUUCCCUUCAGGGAGACACGCUGGACCUCGUGCUCCAGGACCACGUGACAUGCAUGCCUGAGGACGCCUGCUGGAACAUUGUGGGUGAAGACAGCUGUUGGAUCUUCUGAGCCUUUUCAGCAGGAAUAACACACUGAGGACGGACGUGCCAGAAUGACAAGUGCUGCCCCAGCUAGGAAGCCGUACCGCAAGGCCCCCCCACAGCACCGCGAGGUUCGCCACGGCACGCCCGCCUUCUGUGAGGACCUGAGUGGCACCCUGCCUAGCCCCGCCGCCACCCCCCCCAGAGUCCUGCCAGAGUUCCCCGUCAGACGGCGACCGGAUCAAGUCCCUACAGCAGCAGAAUGAGGAGCUACGCAGACGCCUCAGUCAUACCACUCACAAAAUGGAGGCCAUGGAGGCGGAGUUCGAGGCCAGUCGGCAGUACAUGCAGGCCGAGAUGGGCCGCACCAAGGACGACCUGGACAAGAUGCGGGACAAGUUUCGCAGACUUCAGAACAGCUACACUGCCUCCCAGAGGACCAACCAGGACCUGGAGGAGAAGCUGCAUGCGCUGGCCUCCAUCAGUCAGACCUGGGUCCACGCACUUCGCAAGGUAGAGCAAGACAAGAAAAUGAUGGACCAGGAGAUCGUGGAGCUGACCAACAAACUCCUGGAUGCAAAGAACACUAUUGACAAGCUAGAGGAGUUGAAUGAACGUUACCGGCAGGACUGCAACUUGGCGGUGCAGCUGCUGAAGUGCAACAAGUCCCACUUCAGAAACCACAAGUUCGCAGAUCUGCCAGGCGAGCUGCAGGACAUGGUGAAUAAGCACAUGAAGAGCAACCUGCCUCAGCGGGGGGGCCAGAUCCCGGACGCCGACUCGCUGAGCCUAACGCCCGCAGAUGUGGUGCCCACCUCUGUCAUUGCCCGUGUGCUGGAGAAGCCCGAACCACUUCUGCUGAACUCUGUCCAGUCCGGCAGCAGUAUGGGCCGGCCCGUGGCGGAGGAUGUGUUCGUGCAUGUGGAUAUGACGGGCCCCCAAAUGGAGGGGGCCCUGGGCCCUGGACGCUCCCUGGAGCAGCAGCCUCAGCAGCAGAAUGGAACGUGCCACAGCCAGGGCAGCCUGGAUGGGGAAGACGGGGGUGGUGGUGGGGCGGCAGCAGCCCCCUCGUUUGAGAAGCUGAACCCAUACCCCACCCCCCCGCCACCCCACCCCCUCUAUCCAGGCCGCAAGGUGAUCGAGUUCACAUCCGACGACAAGGUGAAGAUCCCCAAGAAUAGCCCGCUGCCCAACUGCACAUACGCCACGCGGCAGGCCAUCUCAUUGAGCCUGGUGCAGACCGACGACGAGGCUGAUGGUGGCUGGCGCUCCGGGGCCUCAUCCUCCUCUGGUGGCCACCCACGCCGACAGGCUGGACCCGACACGCCGGAUGCCCUGUCAGGCCGCUCCAGCCCACUGGGCAGCCCCACCCCGGUCCCUGGUGCCUUCGGCAGCUCCGCCAGCUCUGAGGAGGAUCUUCUGGCCAACUGGCAGCGCAUGUUUGUGGAGAAGAUGGCUCCAUCCUCAGAGGGCAGCCUGGUGAACCGUACCUCAUUUAGUAGCGAGACCGCCAUGGAGCUCGAGAGGAGCCGCGAUGGCAGGACGGGCAGGACUGAGGCGGCCCGGCGGGGUACCUACUCGGACGGCGAGGAGUCGGCGGUGCGGAGCUGGACGGCCAGCCGAGAGUCGAGUGUGGAAGCGGACAGUGGGACAGAGCCUCGUGUCAGGAGGGGCCAAUAUGGAGCGGAGUUCUCCAAGGAGGAGAGUCAGAGGCUGUUGAUGAGCCUGGAGCCUGUCGAGGAUGGAGACAGCGCCAACGUGCCCGAUGAAGCAGCAUGUUCCCGAAGGGGGGGUAGCCCCGACACCCGCAGGAUGGAGUAUGCAGAAUGCGGCUCGGGGGGCAGCUCGGCAGAGGAGCGCGACAUCCUGCCCCAGGACCUGCCUGUCAUCUCGCCCCGGGGCCUGGCCGCACUGGAAGACCACAUGGAGAAUGCACCGGCCCACCUCAGCAGGCCUGGCAAGAGCCCUAAGAGGAUGGGCGUCCACCACCUGCAUCGCAAGGACAGCCUGACACGCGCCCAGGAGCAUGGCACCCUGCUAGACUGAGGGGGGGAGGGGGGAUCUCCUCUCUUAUCUUACAGACAUGGCUCCAGUUUCCUCCAGAAGGGGAGUUCCUGUAUCUGGCACCAUCUUCCUUAAGAGCCCCCCCUCCCUGGCAGAGAUACAUAUAACUAACUAGGUAACUAGGAAACUCAAAUUGAUUUACUGUCCAGAAUCUGAAUACCCUCCCCAGCCAGCGUGACCCAAAUGGAGAGACAUGCCCUACCUCACAGGGGAGCUUUUCUCUGAACCCACAUCUCUGGUACUGUGGCAACCAGCCGCCCGCUAUUAUGUGGAAUGGUCUGAGGUCCCAGUGUCCCACUCAGUCACUCACAGUGCCUAACCGCGACCCUCCCCCCCCCCCCAGCAUUGAGUCGCCCCUCUGGCCAUUUCUCUGCUGCAGCACUUUUGCUCCUCCUGGUCUUGCUCCCAUUCCUGGCCCCCGGUGCAGUGGCCUCUACACUCCCUGUGGGCUUUAGGACACCGCUUCCUGUCUGCUGGCUAGAGGAGGAGGGACAAAUCAGUGUUAUCAGGAGGCUUAAAACGGCUAGACUGCCAGCAGCGUUAGCAACAUUAGCUUGAUCUGUGACGUUUUGGCCAACUCAGGCCAUGUAGGAACAGGGCUGUGGAGUUAGCCAUUAGUGGUGAAUCAGUAUGAUCUUUUCCCCUAGGUGGGUCACGGCUAUGUUCUGUCAUUCUCCAUGAAACAUGGCCACCUGAGUCUUGAGGAGUCUUGCAUCCUUCGCUGAGAGCAAAGGUCACACCCCCGGCAUCAGCUGCCUUCACUUCAGAAAUGCACCACUAACACCAUCUGCACCAAGUCCGCCAGCAUGCAGACCAUAGUCCAGAUUGGUAUAAUAAUGUAAACCAAAGCUUCAGGCUGCUGGCUUGGCUCACUGGCGGUGCUCAGACUUUCCCGAAAGGCACCACACAAAUCUGUAGUGCCCUGUUGUGUAUUGAUGACCAGACGAGACUAACUGUCCCUCCCCCGGGUGACCAGUGUGCGGUUGGCUUACCCAGCAUCAUUCACCACUGCCCUUCAUCUGUCUUGCCACAUGGAGGGAGGCGGCCUUCCCCGGCAGGCUCCUGUCUGCCCCCAGCUGCUCAGGGCCUCCCCGCCUGCGUAUUCCGCCCGCCAUUAAGGAAAGCUCUGUCUGUCAGGCCACACGCACACAGCACGGACACCACGCAAAUCUCAUCAUUUCAGAUGAAACCCGCGCCUAGGAAUGUAAACGCUCCUGUAGCCUCCGCCCAGCUCCAUCGCUCCCACCUACACCAGGCUCACUUUUAUUUUUGUUUUUUGUUUGAGUUUGAUGUCUUGCUGUAGUGAAAAAGGAAGUGUUGUGUUAGUGCUUUUUGAAGUUUAUGUUUUGAGGUUCGUUUGCCAUGUUUGCCAUCCCACUCUGCUGUCUAUCUCAGUGCUGUUGUCACCUCUGGCGCCGACGUUCGUUGGGGUGACCGGGGAUGUGGGAUGAUUUCAGUUUCACCAGUGUUUUUUUUCCCCCGAGGGUAAGUGUUUUUCAAUCAUGAUGCCUUUAAUUGAAGUAGACACACUCCAGCUGUGUGCUUGAUGCUCACUGGCUCAGUAUCCUGCUGAAUGGAUGUGUGAUAUCACUAUGUAUGUCUGCUGCCGGGACACAGGACCCAGAUUCCCCUGUGGCUUCUCACAGAAACACACACAUCAGGCUGCUCCUCUCAAAAAGCACCAUGGUCCCUGAAUUCCCCCCAGAGACUCUCUCCAUUAGCCCCCCGGUUUCAAUAAUUCACCGGCUUCUGCAGCCUGAGGGGCCAGAUCACUCCCGCCCGCCCCAUUCUUUUUUUAGCUUGUAGUGUAUUGAUUUUUUUUCCCACUUCAAAUAAAAUGCUAUUAAUAUAAGCUCAUAAUUAAUAGUUCUAACAGACCUUUCUAAUAAAUAAUGUAGAUUUUUUAUUUGGCUCUAAAUUAGGCUGCUGAUGGCAGGAAGAAGGAAUCAUUCAUCACCGUCCCACACGUGAAAUUGGCGCUUUUAAAUACUUAAUGCCGUAAGAUGUUCUGGAAAUAGAGCUCGCUUUGUUCCAUGUGGAUCCCGACUGCCAUUUCCUCUCAUCCACCUGCAAGAGCCACGUGUUCAGCGGUGAGGCCCUGUCACAGUGUGGUCUGCCUGUUCCAAACCAAGGUCACCUUCUCCAUCCUUCCCCAGAGAUGAGGGGCCGCUUUGGCCCUGGAGGUGCCAUUGCACGCCGCACUUGAUUCACAGUGAGGCUCUGAGACACCAUCAGAAAUCAUCCACAGUGAUACUGGGCUGUAUGUGCACCGAUAGUGUGGGGGGGGGGGCAGUGAGAGGCUGACCUCAUCCCUUGUUCUGAAAACAGCCCCCUUUCACAUUGAGCUCACCUUGCAAUCCAAACCCCUGUGUCCCAGUGUGUGUUUGCAAACCGAUAAGCUUAUAGUCAGGAACGACUGGCGAUGUGCAAUCUCCAUACUCUGAAUGUGUUUGCAGCUCCAUUUCCUUCAUUUACUGGGUAUACGUGAUGUCAUUUCAAUAAUUUGUUUUCUUUUUUCUCUUUAUAAGGUGUUCCUUGGUGUGAAAAUAUCCAUUAGUGUUUUUUGGUGAAUCUAUUGUGUUUUUCGAUCUCUGAGCACAUUUUUCAAAGCUGACUACAGCUUCAGGUGAGCUCCUCAUGAGGUGUGCGCGCGCGCGCGCGUGUGUGUGCGUGCGCGUGUGUGUGCGCGUGUGUGUGU